CAACCAACCAUACAUUUCUCAACAGGAUUUCGCGUUCAAGAAACCAUCAACACACGCAGCGCACCACACGCUAGUUACCGCACACACCUGUCCACAGCAAGGUUCAACGGGUCUACUCGAUUGCAACCAUGGCGCGCAGGCUGCGAUCAGUCACAGGCCUCGUCCCGCUUCUACUCCUCGCUAUCCUCGCCCGAGCCACCACCGCCUCUGCAAAUCAUCCCGACGUUGCGAGUCGUGACGUCGGAGUCGCGGCGAAUCAUAACGUCGCGGACGGCAUCGCGCUGAACGACACGCGCUCGCUGUUGGAGAUCGGAGUCACUCCCACGCAUCGCGCGUCGAGAAAGCUCGGCAUCCUUCCGUACAAUGGGCGGACCAACGUGAACAUCCGCCUGAGAGCACACGCCCUCUCCUCCUCACCCAUAACCCAAACGGUCAACAAGGCGUACUCGGGCAGCAACGGGCUGCCCGUGUGGGUAGUUUCCGGGCAGUGGUCGCGCGACAACAACAACGACGUGUACACCCUGCAGAAGUGGUACUACGAGGCCAAUAAGAAGUACCCGCCGGGGUCAACCAGCUCGGUGUACUCCAUAGUGCGGGCCAUGGCGGCUGAUCCCAGGAGGUACUAUGCGCUGGUGAGCUCGCUGACUCGGCCGCUCGGGGCGAUCCGAGGGCAGUUCCGGCGCACACUGCCGUUCCUGCUGUACCCAUGGAACCCGUGCUGAAGUGCUGCAGUGGCUGCAGUGGUCAAAAGGACGCUAGGAGCUGCCGAGGUGCACUGGCUAGGAUGGCGUGAGUCCCGAAGCAGACAGUGUGAAGUCGGUGCUAGUAGUGUUGCGUGCAUUGUGGUACCGUA